AUGUCUUACAUACUGGGCCAGCUGGUCACUGCCAUUAUGCAAAGAGUUGAAAUUCACAAGAUGCAUCAAAGAAAGAACUUAAUCUUGGGCUUCAGCAUUGGUGGUGGAAUUGACCAGGUUCCCUCUCAACAUCCCUUCUCAGAAGAUAAGACAGACAAGAGCAUUUAUGUCACACACGUGAAUGUAGGAGGUCCUGCUGAAAUUGCUGGGCUGCAGAUCGGAGACAAGAUCAUGCAGGGGAAUGGCUGGGACAUGACCAUGGUCACACAUGACCAGGCCAGGAAAUGGCUCACAAAGCACUCGGAGGAAGUGGUGCGCCUGCUGGUGAGGCAGCGGUUGCUGCAGAAGGCCCUGCAGCAGUCCAUGCUGUCUUAG